AAAAUUCUCCCAAGUCUAAAAUGGCGUCACAAGUUUGGGCUUAGCAAAAGUUUAGUGGAUUAUUCGCCUCGUAAGCCCGCAAAAUGUAAUUUCCUUAUCGAUUCGACAUUGUAGAUUUGAACUUUACGGUUUUAAGGAUCGAUUCGAUGCAAAAUAAAGCCGUCGCCGUGUGUUUUCGUGACGAUAAAGUGCCUCUGUAGGACCCUUCUCCACACACAGACAACACAUUUUUCAAUGAAGCCAUCAUUAUUUAUAAGUUUUCAGAUACAAAAACUGUUAUAAAUGAGAAAUGGGAUGGGCCAGCACCUUCUAACCACCACAAAGCCUUCCACUUUGACUCAUAAUGGACCCAGUGGGUCCCUGGUAUGCCUCCUAUAACAGACUAGCUGCACAGGCCGCUGCUGGGGAACACCAUCCCUUAGCAGCCGCCGCAGCCGCAGCUGCUGCAGUAGCCUCGGCCACUACCACCACCUCAGCUUCUGCCCCUCCUGCAGGUGUACUGCCCGGAGGGUUCCUGUCACCUCCCGCUGUCGGCUAUGAGACUGUUUUUAGUCCACUAUUUCAUGGUGCAGUAGCUGCUAGUGGUGCCAAGCCUCAUUAUGUUGCACAGGUGACACAGCAGCAUAGGGCAUUGGCUCAAGCGGCAGCAUCUAAACAAGCAAGUGAAUCUGGGGAAUUCCAUCCACAAGCCCAAGCUUUUUUUGAACAAGGUGCUUCAGCCUGGCAACAAAAUAGUCCUUUUGGUAUAUUACCACAUGAAAGUGUUGUUGCCACAUCUAGUGGAAAAACGGUUUCCUAUGAAAAUUUUAAUGCUCACUUUGCUGCAGCCCAGCAAUCUAUUAGCAACCAUAUCAGUUCUAUAGCAAAUUCAAAACUAGCUGCCAGCAAUAGGUCUCCUCAAAGCCCACAAGUGACUACAGCUUCAGUGAAAACUGGACCCAAUCCAAGUGCAUUUUUUCAAGUUCCAGUAAGUCUAUCAGAUACCAGCAAACUAGCUUCCGCAAACUCUUCCAAUCUUCAACAAUCUUGCAUUGUAUCUUCAGCUUCAACUACAAAAGAAUACCGUGGGGUGCCUCAAGCACCCAAUAGAGCAUUUUUAAGUUCUGCAAACCCACCAAGUCGUAACAUUGAAAAAUCUUUCACAUCACCACCUACCAACAAACAACAAAGUGCUCCACAAAUCCAAACUAAAGCUCAAACAAAAAUUUAUUCUGAACUUGCUAAUCAGAGAGAACAGCAACAACAAAGAGCAAAUGAAGAACCUCAAAGCCAGUCAUCCCCAAUCAGUUUUUCAAUUAUGGACGCUCCAGGUCGUAUGAAUUACGCUGGAAGCAACGCUUCCGGAAAACGACCGCCUCACUUUCAACACAAUUACAGACACUACCAACAGCCGCAAAAUGCUAAUUCUGAAGACUUUCAGCGGCCUAAAAGUGGUCCAGAUUAUCAAAACAGUACUAACGGUUCUGAAUGCAAUGUAGCAGUACCCAGAAGACCAAGCCCUCUGCAAGCACAUUCCCAAGCAUCUCCAAUAGGCCACGCCCAAAGCCCCGCUUAUCCAAUGUAUAACAGUCCCAUGAAUUCCAUGUCAUCACCUCAACAAUCGAGUAGUCAACAGGUUGCUCCACCAUCCCCUUUAGAUGUUUCUGUACCAAGACCAAAUAGCCAAACUGGAAAUGUGGCUUAUCCUUCUGUAAUUACAAGAGCUUUAAAUACUGAUAAUAAAUCUUUUCCUGAAAGGUAUGAUCACAAUCAAACAAAUCAAACUAACCAGGCUUGUUGGGAUGACAGACAAGGCCAACAACAGCAAAGGAAAUUUCAAGCAAAUACUCAACCUACUUAUAAUAAUUCUAGUACUAAUAAUGAGCUUAACAACAGGCCAGGAGAGGGACAAAGGCAGCAAUACUUUGAUUCAACUACUGGUCAUCAAGUUACCUUACAAGAUUUAUCAAGCUGUCGAGGAGACCCAAUGACUAUAGUAAAAAACUUGCAGCAACAACAGCAAACAUGUCAAGUGCCCCAAGUAGAAAUCAAGCAAGAAGUGCCCAAGCCGCCCAUAAAACGAAGAAAGAGUGCCGAAAAACCUGUCGCUCCUCCUCCGCCUGCUGAAAUUCACCCACCCAAUCGAAUCCCUCCACCAGCCCACAGUACAGGUGCCAAUCAACAACAGCAGAACGGUGUCUAUUUCGAAUUCGACAGGUGGAACAUCCCUCCUCCAACAUCAAAAAUUUUCAGUAGCCAAGCUUUGCAUCAGCAACAUCAAGGACUAAUGAUUUCUCAAGUUCCUCAUCCACACGGCCACCAUCCACCACCGCCGCUGCCUUAUUUUGCUCCCUUUCACAUAGCCAAUCAUCCGGGAGAGUUUCCUUCCAGCGUAGAAUUGACACCUCUGACUAAUUAUAAUGAACAACAGCACGCAGCCCAUCAGCAGCAGCAGCACCAGCAACAACAACAGCAACAACAGCAGCAACAGCAUCAUCAGCAACCGCCGCAACCGCAACAGCCACAAUAUCAACAGCCCGAUGAUCAGCCUAAAGUGGUGGUACCAAAUAUUGAGGAGGAAUUGAAUUUUUUGUCUGGAGAUACAACGCCAAGGUUGCAACCGCCAAUGAACCACACAAAUCACCAAAACAAACCCCCACCUCCUCUACCCCAAAAGCCAAUGGACAAGGUAGGUGGUCCUGGAGUUGGUUUUAUGAGCAGCUACCUCAAGUUCCUUCAGGGGGAACGUGACACGUCACCACCGCCUGUCAUGAGAGGAGGUCCAGGUAGUCGAAAGCAAGCAGCAAAUACGUGGACAAGAAGGCAAACGGAAGAUGCAGCUGUAAAAUCUCAGUUGCAUUCAGGGGGGCCACCUGAUACUAAUGGGGCGGUAGCGGGGGGCACAGUGUUGCCUAAUUUAACCGGACCUCCUCCAGGAGUUACCAGGUUGACUACCAGUGGAGAUCCGCAGGACGAUCCAAGAUAUUUUCCUUUGCCCAAAGAACGGAAAAAAGGUUUUGAUAGUUCAGAUGAUGGAUUUAGUUCAGAAGAUGACUUUUUUGGCUCCAGGAAGCAUCUUCAUAUGAGAUCUUUGGAUUCUAUUAAAAGAGAAGAUUACCCUAGAGAAAGAAAAUCGCAUAGAGGAGGUAGACCAUGUAAACCUGGCGGAGCAACCGAAAGGAAAAGGUUGAAGAUGCAAGAGAAAAAAGAAAAAAAAAUGAAAGAUAAAAUUAAAGUAAAAUUAGAAGAUGUGCCUAAGCGAGAACUAACAAAGAGGGCAGUGAAAGGCAAAAAUAGUCUUACAGACAUCAUCAAAGAUGGAGAAGAGCCUGAUGAACCUCCCGAAUAUCAAGAUUCUGAAGACUCCGAUCCAGCUUGGACUCCUGCAGCUAUUGUGGAUGACGAAGACAUGCUUCCAAUGAAAAAAAAGGGACGAGGACGAAGUGGUCCAAAACACAAGAAACCAAGAAAUCUGAUAGCUGCAGCCGCCCAAGGGGCGGGCAUUAACGAUUCUGACGGUUUGGGUGUUUAUUCCAGCCCGGAGAAAAAAUUGAAAUCCAGCCAUAAGUUGAAGCCAACAGUCCCUACCUUGGAAGACAAUAUUGCCGCGUCCAUGCAAAAUAAUCUUUCCAGCGUUAAUGAUGACAAUCCGUUUAAAACAGGCGAAUUUGUUGCAAUUAAAUCUGAACUGUUUCAAGACUGGCCUGCCAUUUGGAGGGUUGAUGGUAAAACUUUGUUACAGAAGUAUGAACCAUUUGAACAAAAUGGUUUAAUGUUAUAUAGGAAUAUAUCUACGUAUACAUCAUGGACUUCAGACAGUAAAAAGCAAUAUGUGUCCGUGCCAGUAAAAUAUAAGUCUCAAAGUCAAUCAGAAACUAUAGUAGAGUUUCUAAAAAACGAAAUGACUAUAACAGAUCCGAAAUUGCAAGAACAGUGUAUGAAACAGUGCGAAAGUUAUCAGGAUAAUUUCGAAGUGUACAUUCAAACUUUGAUCUCGCAAGCUUUAGAUAGCAAUUUUCUUAUGGAAAUUUUUCAAGAGAAAGAUGAAUAUUUCCUUACAAAUGUUCGAACAAUUGACGAAAUAACUGAUAAUAAAAAGCAAAAAUUGCUUCAACUAGUCCGCUGGCCGGCAAAUUUGCAAGCUGCAGUAUGUACGUGGCCAUGUUUCAAUGUUUUACGUGAAGUCCAGCAAGCAGAUGUGCAGACACGCAUGUGUGCAGCUUGCGGGCGCAAUAACGUAGCUGUUAGGGUGAUUAUGUAUGGACAACCUUAUAACAAAACUACUUUGGAAGGUUGCCAACCAGAUCCGAAUGCCAUAAACGAGAAAGAUUUUUUUAUGUGUAGAAUAUGUGUGAGUCGAGUGGAGCUUGCGAGUAAAGUGAUUCAUCAGAAAUAUUUAAUGUAUAUAGAGUGUGCAAAGCGUGUAAGUGAAAAAAGAACCUCAGACUCUACAAAAGAUACCACUUGUAUAUUGAAUGAGCUUUUAGCUGAUGAACAUUGGUUGAAUCAGCUAUUUUUAGAAGUCCGUACUUUCUGGUCUGAAAUCGAUUGCAUAGAACACAGUUUUAAAGCAAAAUGUGUACAGUGAUUUUCUUUUUAUUUGAAACAAUUUUUAAAUCAAAAAAUAUUGUAUAUAUUUUGAACGAGAAUUUAUAUAUUAUGAUAAAAGAGCUGUAAUUUUAGGUAAAAAAAAAUAGGAACCAGUAUGCGCAUAUAAUAUUGAAAAUAUGAUUUUUUAAAUAAGCGAGGUUGGUAAAACCUAAUUUAUUUUGUGCUCCAAAAACGUGAUAUAUCUAUAUUAAAUUAUACCUUUUUUUUUUUUGUAUUGAUGAAUAUUUUUCUUUAUACAUUUUUCCCAUUGGUUAUACUUUAACAAAAAAAUGAGGAGCACGAA